AUGUUGGACUGCGUCAGACCUGGCAUCCCUUUCUGCCAGGCUCCAACCGGAACACAUAAACGCCCCCCUCCCGUCUUCCUCUACGGAUGCUGCAGUAAAGUUGGCCGCGCGUGCGCACUUUCGGUCCUCUUUUUCUUGGAAGCGCCCCUGACCCAUCGCACCAUGGCAGAUCCCGAUCUUGACUUCCAGACUGGCGAGUCUGGUGCCUCCGCCACUUACCCCAUGCAGUGCUCCGCUCUGCGUAAGAACGGGUAUGUGGUGCUGAAGGGACGUCCCUGCAAAAUUGUGGAGAUGUCCACUUCCAAGACCGGCAAGCACGGACAUGCCAAGGUUAACCUGGUUGGUAUCGACAUCUUCACCAACAAGAAGCAUGAAGAUAUGUGCCCCUCCACCCACAACAUGGAUGUUCCCUCCAUCAAGAGGAUAGACUACCAGUUGGUUAACAUCAAUGAAAACUACAUGUCCUUGAUGAGUGACAACGGUGACAUCAGGGAGGACCUGCGUGUCCCCGACAGCGAAGUCGGCAAGGAAAUCGAGACAAAGUUUGAAGCGGGUGAUGAAUUCAUGGUCACCGUGAUUUCUGCCAUGGGGGAGGAAUGUGCUGUCGCUACCAAGGUCUUGGCCAACAAAUAGGGAGAUGGACUUUGCUGCCCAGGCAACAAGCACCACCCACAACCAGUCUCUUGCAUUCUCAUUGGUUCUGUCACCAAAGCGUCGGCCUUCACAGACAACCUCAAUCAUUCUGUUGUGAUUUCUCUCAUCAUUGAUCUUUUUUUUUCCCCCUCCCCUUUUCGUUUCUCUUUUCCAUUGCUGUUGGGAAAGUUCCACCGCAGCUCGCUGCGUGGUCCUCUGCCUGAUCGCUGAGGUUUUGUUUGGCAACAAAUCUACUUUAUAUAAAACAACUUCAAAACUAA